UUGACGCAUCGUUUCCAUUCAGCCAUUGAACUGGGAAGAAGGUCCAUACUGUUGUGGUUUUAGUGCGACCUAUAUGUGAUUUUAUAGGUAAAAUGUUGGGAUUUCACUUAUAUUAGGAAUCAUUCUACGGUUUAAGGUGAAACUCUUAAGUCGGCUGGUGUCGUCGGUAAAGAGCAGCCCGGGUAUAAUGUCUGGAGCGGCCGGUGGAGGAGGAGGCUCCUCCUGUCUGGGCGCAGCAGCGGCAGCCAGUUGCAGCUCCGCCGGCUCUCCCUACGCUGCUGCAGCAGGAGGAGGCGCAGGGGUGGCCGGGAGGUUGCCAGCUCGGGUCCUGGAGCAUGUCUUCUCCUAUUUGGAGCUCUCCGACUUGAUGCGUUGCGCGUUGGUCUGCUGGCACUGGAACAACAUGCUAGCGGACGAAAACAGCGAGGUGUGGCGCAGCCUCUGCAACCGGUCUAUGAGCGAUGAAGCUUUGCGGUCUGACAUCCUGUGCAACCUGCCCACAUACAAGGGGAAACUCAAGGCCUUUCAACAUGCUCUGAGCUCCCACGACUGCUCCCGCAAUGUUUACGUGAAGAAGAACGGCUUCACCCUGCACCGCAACCCUAUCGCCCAGAGCACGGAUGGUGCGCGUGGCAAGAUUGGCUUUUCGGAAGGGAGGCACGCCUGGGAGAUCUGGUGGGAAGGCCCUCUUGGCACAGUGGCAGUGAUAGGCCUCGCCACGAAGCGGGCGUCCAUGCAGUGCCAAGGCUACGUGGCCCUGCUGGGCAGUGAUGACCAGAGCUGGGGCUGGAACCUGGUCGACAACAACCUGCUUCAUAAUGGGGAGGUCAAUGGAAAUUUCCCACAGUGUAACAAUGCACCAAAGUAUCAGAUUGGGGAGAGAAUACGAGUGAUUCUAGACAUGGAUGACAAGACGUUAGCCUUCGAGAGGGGUUUUGAGUUUCUUGGAGUAGCGUUUCGUGGACUGCCAAAAGCCUGCCUGUUCCCUGCUGUCUCUGCAGUAUAUGGCAACACCGAAGUCACCAUGGUGUACCUUGGAAAACCUCUGGAUGGCUAGAUGCAGAGUAACCUGUGCCACCAUUAAGACUAACAGGCCACUGUUGAGUGCAGGACUUUUUCUGUUAGCAGACUGGCGACCCUGUUUGUUGCACCAUUUCAGAAGGCUUUGGAGGCCAAGUGGUCGCGUUUCUUCCAUGCAGAAUAACUCUGUUCACAAUACACAAAGAGAACUGUUGGCAUUUCUACUACAGCUCGACAUGAGGAGUCAGUUUUUGGACUGGAUAAACUACAGGGAAAAGUAGUGUGUGGGAACGGUCAUAAACAUGUUUCUGUAUCAACGUGGAAGUGUCCACUUUUACAGUUUAGCUGCUGGACUGUUUUAUUUACAGGAUAGAGGAACAUUAUUUAAUGUCAUACGAUUCAGGCUAACAGUGCUGAACAUUUACUUGAGAUUUUAUGUCCGCUUGAAUGAGGCCAAAACUAUUCUUAACAGUGGCAAAUACUUUCAGACCAUUUUAACAAGUGAAACAGUAGUUGUUAUCAAUAGCUAUCUGUUGUAUGGGUUAAUGGAAACAGCAUCGUGGAUUAACACAGUUUAAACUAUAAUCGAUGACUGGAUUACAAUGGUUAUAUGCCAAAUCAAUGUGACAUGAUGUUAUAUUUUGCUAUAGGGAAACAUAGAGGACAUGCAGACCAACUGUCAUGCAUGUGCAUGGAUACUGGCGUAUGGACUAUAACAUCUGCCAUUUUAAAAAUACCUUUCCAGUAAUGGUGGAAACUAUACCUGUAUCAUGUUAAUAUGUGUACUUUUUAAUGUGCUACUGUAGUAUUACACACUAUUUAUUUCUUGGUUUUAUCUAUGGUUCUAUAGAUACUGUAUGGUUAUAAGGCCUAAAAAUAAAGUCUACAUGGUGCCACACUUAGAAUAAA